CGCGCGGGGGCCGGCGGGGGCCGGCGGGGCCCUCCCCUCCACCGGCACAUUCCGAGGGGGGUCAGACGCGGUCCCGGAUCUCUGUCUCCUCGCACUCCCUCGUCGGAACACCGCCGGACCGCGUGUGCCCCUCUCUAGUGUUGAGCCUUCAGUUUUAACCCCCUUCAAUCAUGUCUGACGACGAGGAACAAUACUCUGAGGAGGAGGAGGAAGAAGAAGAAGUGAGGGAACAGGAACCUGAACCCGUAAGGAAGCAAGACAGUAAGCCUAGGCAAUCGCUCAGAGGAGAUGAAAAACAGGGAGACCCCGAGUUCGUCAAGCGCCAGGAACAGAAGAGCUCUGCUCUCGAUGAACAGCUGAAGGAGUACAUCACAGAAUGGCGCAAACAGAGGGCAAAGGAGGAGGAUGAGUUGAAGAGGCUCAAGGAGAAGCAAGCUAAGCGCAAGAUCAUGCGUGCGGACGAAGAGAAACGCAUGGCCCAGCGCAAGAAGGAGGAGGAAGAGAGGCGGCAGAGAGAGGUUGAAGAGAAGAAGCAGCGCGACAUCGAAGAGAAGAGACGUCGCCUGGAGGAGGCGGAGAAGAAGCGUCAGGCCAUGAUGUCCGCCCUCAAGGAGCAGAGCAAGAGCAAGGGCCCCAACUUCACCAUUAACAAGAAGGAGGGCUUCAACCUCUCAUCAGCUCAGAUUGAGCGUAACAAGACCAAGGAGCAGUUGGAGGAGGAGAAAAAGAUCUCCCUGUCCUUCCGCAUCAAGCCCCUUGUCCUCGACAACAUGAGUGUGGACAAGCUUCAGCUCAAGGCCUCCGACCUCUGGGAACAGAUUGUCAAGCUGGAGACCGAGAAGUACGACUUGGAGGAGAGGCAAAAGCGCCAGGACUAUGACUUAAAAGAGCUGAAGGAGCGACAGAAGCAACAGCUCAGGCACAAGGCCCUGAAGAAGGGUCUGGACCCUGAGGCCCUCACCGGAAAGUACCCCCCCAUGAUCCAAGUAGCAUCUAAAUAUGAACGCAGAGUGGAUACCCGGUCAUACGAGGAUAAGAAGAAGCUCUUUGAAGGCGGUUGGGAGACCAUCAGUGCGGAGCAAUUUGAAGCUAUAUGGAAGGAUAGAAAUGAAAUGUUCUUAAAACGAAGAAAAACCAAGCUGCCCAAGUGGUUCGGCGAGAGGCCCGGCAAGAAGAAGGGCGCCCCAGACAGCCCCGAGGAGGAGGAGCUGAAGGGAGGCGCCGAUGAAGACCUAGACGAGCCUGCGGGUGCCGCAGAGGAGGAGGAAGAAGAGGAGGAAGAGGAGGAGGAGGAGGCCGCUGAGGAGGAGGAAGAAGAGGAAGAGGAGGAGGAAGAGGAAGAGGAGGAAGAGGAAUAAAUUGUCCGACCAUUCUCAAGGCACAGGAGCCUACACGCGUUCUACCAGACCAUCCCACAGGGCAUGGUCUUCGGACAGCAACGGCAGAAACCAGUAGCUGCACCACCGACCAAAACGCUGUCCAUAUUUUUAUCAUUGUACGUUACGUCCAGAGCACUUUUACUCAUAACGCUAUCUUUAUAAAUACAUAUUAUUAUAUUGAUUACCAUUGUAUAAAAUUCUUCGUGUAUAUGACUUCAACUCGCAUGACUGAUAAAAUGAAAAUGGUGAGAAAAGGAGAUUUCGAAUAAAGGCAACAAACAUUCGGCUCGGACAGGUUUUUCCAUGUCUUGCGGAUAUAUCCCACAAAGAAAGUGCAAGAAGAGACAAGGAGAUCUGUCUAGCAAUCCCUACUCAGCGCAAUUCGAAUCAAUCUCAAUAACGUGCAACUUAUCGCGAUUGCAUUCCUUUGUGACCUCAUCCGAUUUCCGCUUUCGCUCUUACUCGAAGAUGGAAAUUUCACCCCCUUGUACAACUGAAUUGAAAAAUAAAGUUAGGAAAGUUUUAA